UUACACUAAUAUACACUUCAAUUCACUUUACGAUAAUAAAUAUCCAUCCAAAUUUUGGUAGUAAUAAAGUACGUUACCGUGAUUCGAAACUGUGUCAAUACUAAUAACAUUAUUUUAAUCAAAAUAAAAAAAAAGGAUAAAACCCAACCGCUCCGAGCGAUAUUUCAAAGUCUUCGCACGAAUGCACAGUUUCUCUUUCAUUCAAUUCGACUUCAAUGGCGAAAACCGAUAAGAGAUCCCGAGAAAGAAACGGGCCUUCUUCGUAUUUUCUAGGAUGUUUUGGAUUUUCCCGUAAAAUAUACUCCGACAAGGGGAUGGUUGAGACGGACAAGGGUGGUGAGAUGAAUACGAAGAUGAAGAAGAAGAAUAAGAAGCCAAGUCGGUGGCUUCUAUGUUCUAAGUUUCGCUCGAAGAACAGAGAGAUCAAACCGGCGCCCAUCGAGGAAACGGAGAAACAGACUUUGAGUGUGGAACAUGAAACUGAUAAGAAGAAACUUGUCCCGCUGAUAAGUCGUACGGCUGAUGAUAAGACCGCCUUGAAUCAUGAAACAAGAGAGACAAAACCGAAGGACUUACAAGUCGUAACUACCGACCGAUCAAAACCCACUGAGCCUUCCUCCAGAAGAGACACGUGUCCUGAACGUAUAUCCAACUCAACCCGUUACGGGAAACUCGACAUGAAACCGUCUCGGGAGAAAAACGGGCCACGGGUCGAAAAGUUUGACCCGGUGAUUGGUAUUUCAGUCAUUGUAUUGACGCUGGUGAUUAUGCUAGUUUGGGGUCGGCUCUGUGCGAUUCUAUGUACAUCCGCUUGGUGUUACUUUCUGCCUCGUCUUAGAGACGCAGCCGCGUUAGCAAAACGCAAACGCAGCGGUAGCGACGGUUCUUCGUGUGUGCCUGAUUUGAAUUCAGAGUCGUAUAAAAGAAAAGUCGUUAUGGACGGGUUUCUUGGCCGGCAAAAUCGCGUUUCAUUGUCGUGACGAUCUCUCUUUUUUUUUUAAAUAUGUUUCUAUAUUAUAAUGGGGUUGGUCAAAUAUUUUUUUUGUUUUCUUAAGCAAAACAGUGUAUCCGUUUAAUAACGAUGAUUGAUCGAUUGUGAAUGGAUACAUUAAGUGGAUAGUAUAUUAUCCGUGGUUUUUUGGAAGUCAAUAUUUAGCAGCCGUGGUCGUUACUCUAGAGUGUUCGUUGUACUCACUACACAAAAUAAUUUUUAUAAGUGUUUCUGUC